CCACACAAUUAUUGAGGGGGGAAAACACUACUAAGAAAGAAUUCUAAGAAGAAAACACCACUGGUUUUCCUACCCCAAUAUUCGGAUCUACUACACAAACCCUAAGAAGAAAACACUACUAAAUCUGUACUCAUUGGUCACUUCUAGCCAACCAGCCACUUUGCUUUGUCGUUGCCGCUGACCCAACGAUUCAAGUCGAAUGGUUCCGACCAUAUCGCCAACGCGGGUGAGCACGAUCUCUGCGAUCCAGAUCUCCCCCUACGACCUUUGCCUCUAUAAUCUCGACUUCUCCUCUCGAGCGAGUGCCUCUACAAGCAUCAUCUUCUUCGAUUCUCCUCUGCUGUCGACGAUAAUUGCCUCCGGGACUCUGGCAGCUUAUUGGCGC